CGCUUUUAUCAUAGAGUGAAGGUGCAUCUCUAAAUGCUUAAUAUGUUGUUGAUUAAAUUUCCUUCUUGUUGUAUUCGUUAAAUCUCACCUGUAUGUGCACUUGUAAGCGUACGCCGCUCACCAUGCUCUUACAACACACAACAUACCACAAGGCUAGAUUCAAUCCGCUGCAUAUUUGGAUCUCACUAGGAAUUUACUCCUAAGUCACUCCCAGGCAUCUGACAGAGUUUCUCACUGAUUUAUAUAAAAUCAAGGACUACAAAAAUCAAUUUAUAAAUUGCACGACCUUUGAGCGACCGCACAUGUACGAGUAAUGUGUAAUCUCCGGAAUGAUAAUUUCAGUCAUCCAGAUUUCUGGGGACACUAAUAUCAAAAUUUGACACAAUUUGCUAUAGUUUAAACUAUCGAGAGCUUUUUAAUAUAAUGUUAUUUUAUUUUUUCCAGGUUCUAACAGUCGUAUAACAGAAGAGAGCUUGAGAUGGUCUUCCUGUGUUCUGGGUCAAAGAUUUUGGGAGCACAGGCAAUUACUAAGAAUAUAUGUAAAUUCUUGGGUACUACAGUUAAACCUAUUUUAAAGCCAGAAAUAAAGCGAAACUCGAUUUUCAUCAACAAUGAAUGGGUGGAGUCAUCUAGUGGAAAAACCUUUGACACUAUAAACCCAGCAACUGGUAAAGUAAUAUGUCAAGUUUCGGCAGGUGAUAAGGCUGACAUAGAUAAAGCAGUUAAAGCAGCUCGUAAAGCCUUCGAAUUUGGUUCUGAGUGGCGUACCAUGGACGCAUCACAUCGUGGUGUAUUACUUAACAAAUUGGCUGAUCUUAUUGAACGUGACAGAGUUUAUUUGGCUUCUUUGGAAACAUUGGAUAAUGGGAAACCAUUUGCUGAUUCAUAUAAUAUUGAUCUAGAUUUAGUGAUCAAAUGCUACAGGUAUUAUGCUGGCUGGGCAGACAAAUAUCAUGGGAAAACUAUACCUGUCAAUGGAAACUAUAUGUGUUUCACUCUUCAUGAACCAGUUGGUGUUUGUGGACAAAUUAUACCGUGGAAUUUUCCACUUCUUAUGCAGGCAUGGAAGCUUGGUCCAGCAUUAGCAACGGGAAACACAGUGGUAAUGAAGACAGCAGAACAAACUCCGUUAUCUGCAAAUUGGGUAGCUGAAUUAAUCAAAGAAGCCGGUUUCCCACCUGGUGUAGUGAACAUUGUUCCAGGAUUUGGUGAAACUGCUGGUGAUGCUCUGGUCGUUCAUCCUGAUGUUGAUAAAAUUGCGUUUACUGGUUCAACAGCUGUAGGACGAUUGAUUGGUCAGAAUGCUUAUAAACAUGGUGUGAAACGAAUUACUUUAGAACUUGGUGGAAAGAGUCCAUUAAUUAUUUUCAGUGAUGGUGAUUUUGAUCGAGCCAUAGCUACGUCACAUUUUGGUUUAUUUUUCAAUCAAGGCCAAUGUUGUUGUGCAAGUUCACGUAUAUUUGUUGAAGAAUCAAUUUAUGAUAAGUUUGUUGAAUAUAGUAGUGAAGAAGCUAAAAAACGUAUAGUUGGUAAUCCUUUUGAUUUAAACACAACACAAGGUCCACAAGUUGAUGAACACCAAUUUCAAACUGUUAUGUCAUACAUUGAAUCUGGCAUAAAAGAAGGUGCCAAAUUAUGUACCGGUGGCAAACAGUUAGAAUCAGAUGGUUAUUUCAUUCGUCCUACAGUUUUUGCUGAUGUUCAAGAUGAAAUGCGCAUUGCUCGUGAGGAAAUAUUUGGACCUGUAAUGCAAAUUAUGAAAUUUCGAUCAUUAGAUGAAUUGAUACAUAGAGCAAAUCAUACACAAUAUGGUCUUGCAGCUGGUAUAUUCACUAAUAAUUUAGAAAAAGCUAUGCAUGUUAUGCAACAUUUACAGGCUGGCACUGUUUGGAUCAAUUGUUAUUAUGUUUUCGAUGCUGCUGCACCUUUUGGAGGUUAUAAGUUUUCUGGAGUUGGUCGAGAAUUAGGUGAAUAUACUUUACAAAAUUAUACAGAAGUUAAAACUGUGACCACACGGAUACUUCAGAAGAAUUCAUAAACACAGAUAACUAUCGGUUAUUUAUUUUUGCUAUGCUUCAUAAAAUUUAAUAUUUGAAAUUGGUAGUCAAUUUGAAUUUUUAACUCAUGAAGGCAUAAUUGAAAGUCUGUGAUAAAAUGGUGUUCGAUUUUAAAUACACUUUUUUUU